AUGUUUUCAAGCAACAGAGAUCAAUACAAGAGUGUGAGAAGAGGCAGUAAAGACAAGAGUCUCCCUUCCACACAACCUAUUGAAGGGCACAAUAGUUCACCGUCUCAACAAGAGAAUGCUGAAACACAAAAGAAGGCCAAAUCAUGUACAUCUGCCGCCAAAGAGAGAAAAAGGAAGAGGAAAGAUGGAGGCGAUGAUCUUGCAGGACAACAAGAAGCAAAGAAGCGAACGACAGAUUCAUCAUCUAAAAAAGCCAUUAAAGAGAAAGAAACCAGAAAUAGCACAGAAAAAGAGUCUGAAUUGUCUACACCAGUCACCACAGAACAAAAGACGAAGUUUAAACAUGAUGCUGGUAAUCCGGUGGCAGAAAAAGAAGAAGAGAAAAAGAUGAGGGAGACAUUCAAAAUGGAAGACCCAAAUGCGAGAUUGCCCACAGCAACCCAAAUUGGGAACUAUCUUGUAUCGGGUGAUCCUGAUUGCCCGGACCAAAAAAAUCUUCCUGAAGAACAAAGAAACCGAGUGUAUAGAGAAGAAUUCAAAAGGUACUUUGUGCUGUUUGCCAUGGCUAGCAUGCUUCUCAGAACAAAGAUUGCGUGUUGCCGCUACCAACUAAUGAAAUCAUUGAUGAACGUCGAUGACAUCAAAACUUAUAAUCGUUGCAAGCUGGCUUUGGAAUGCAGGGGUACAGGCUUUGGAAGUGGCGAACCACUAGACAGGAUUGCAGUACCGGAAAGAAUCGUUGAGGAUGAGCCCAUCCAGGCCGAGAAGAUGAGGAAAGUUGAUGAUCUGCAAGCACAACCUGAAAAUCAAGGAGAUACAUCAACAAAGAUAAGGUACAUCCUAUGA